CAGUUAGAAUUCUUGUAAAUGGUAAUUCUUCUUCAGCAAGUUAUUUAAUUUUCUUGAAGGCAGAUUUUUACUCUUGCUAAAUUUAUUAUUGUGAUUCCAAUAAAAUUAUUUAAAAUGAGUCACAAUUAUGCCUUGAACAGUAACAAGCCAGCAUUUUCUGUUGCUGAUGAUGACAUGGAGUCUGCUUUUCUACAAUCUUCGGGGGGUGCCUACAUGGCAGGAGACAGACUGUUUGGAAAUGGUCCUAAGCCUUUCAGUCCUCCCAGUGAUACUUCACCAGAGGAGCUUCAAUAUCAGUCUACCAUUCAGCAGAUCCAAGAUGUAGAACGGCGGACACUUGCAUCAACAAAACGGAGUAUGCAGGCCAUUGCUGAAAGUGAACAAAUUGGUGUUGAGACUGCCAAGGACCUUGUGCACCAACGAGAGCAACUGGAGAACACCAACAGGCGGCUGGACAACAUUAAUGAAGACUUGAAGGAGUCUCAGAAGAACAUAAGUGCCAUCAAAAGCGUUUUCAGCAGUUUUAGACAAUGGAUGACAUCGCCCAAGAAUGCAGACACAAAAGACAAGAAGAAAACAAGUGAUGUUGCAAGCCCCUCUGCAGAUUCUGGCUACAAAGAACCUUCCUUCGAUCACAAUCCCAAGCUUGAGAGAGCCGUCAACAUUGCUCCUAAGUACCCUGACCCUAGUUUGAGUUUGCGUGGGAUUGACUACAGUGAGUCUAGUGGCUCUACACGUUACCAAGGACCAGGCGUUGGGGAUGAGGCAGACUGGAAACAGACCUCCAAGCGAGUGAAUCAGCAGCUGGACAAUGAUCUGGAGGAGAUGGCGUUUGGCUUGUCUCGCCUCAAGGGUUUGGCUGAAGGCUUGGGCCAGGAAAUAACCGAUCAAAACAAGCUACUUGACACCAUCACCAGCAAGGCAGACAAAACUGACCUCAACCUCAACUCUACCAACAAACAAAUCAACUCCAUUCUCAAGAAAUAACCCUUGCUAAACUAAAUAUAUACAUCUUAACUUUCUGUGUUUGAGCGUGUAAUACUCAGGUAAAGCUUAUUAAUAAGUCAUUCAGAGCUCGCCGGGAUGUAUAGAAUUGUUAUCGAGCUCUGAAUGUGAUCGGUCUGCUUCUGUCAUGCAUGUGUUCUGUAGAGUAAGCGCUGGAUUAUUUUAUGGUCUUUGUAUCCUAAACCUAUUUAUGUUCUUGUAAGAUAUGACUCGCUCGUUGCCCUCAGCAUAAUAUAUCUUUAUAAGACGCUAUUAUUCCGGAAUGAAAGAUAAAUAAAUUAUUCAUUUGAUAAUAUUAUACGAUGAAUAAUAUAGCUAUAUAUGAAGCUUGGUUCUUUUGCAGUCAUUAUUGCUAUUAUUUAGCUUUGAAUAUAUACGGUUUCGUUCCGAGAUAACUGAAUAAAGUAAUCAAUUCAGUGAUGAAUCAUUUCACACUAAAUGUUGAUUGUUAUAAAUUCCGUUGCAUAUUCGUUUUAUUUAUAUUUCUGUGGAGACUAACUGAGAACGAGCCAAUGAACCAAGGCGCCAGAUUAUUUUCAGUUAAUGAGAACAUAUUUUUAUUAGUCUAACGUGUUCAUUCAUUUAUAUAUGUAGUGCAAUCCAAUGGACAUUUCCCACUUGACUCACGUCCAUGGUAAAUAGCUUUAGUUUGAUUCUUUACGUUGAUUAGAAUAAACGUAAUUUUCUGAA